GUGGCUCGGCUCCGGAUUGUCGCCCCGCUUUGCGUCGCGUUGCGUUAAACGUCACGCGUUACACGCUCCCUCGACGCCGGUCGAGAGAGAGAUGCGCUCCUCGCGCGCUGGCGGCGCGGACGCGUCGUCGUGACACGCACGUGGCGGUCGUGAAGGAGGUGAAUCUUGGUCCGCGAGGAGGGUGAGAAAAUGACGUCGAGGACGCGCGAGCUCCCUCCGGGCCGAUCCCGGUAGCGGUCAUCCUGUCUCGUCUAGUCUGGAGAUAAGGAAGCCGAGGGACACGUAGACAAGGGGAGGCGCGCGUCCUUCCCCGAGAGGAUAAGGAUAAAGCGAAUCCCUCGUCCAGGGAUCGAUUUCGCGCCAUAUAAGUAGACGAGACUCGACCUUCCGCAGGAGCAUCCGCAGGAUCUGUCGAACUUUUCGUCGAUCUCGAGUCGCGAGUGAUAUCGUUAUCGGUAUAAAUAUAAAAGAGAGAGCAGUGAUAGCGCUCGAGGAUUAUCGCGGGCGAGCGACGCGAUGCGACGUCGCGUCGCUCAUCGGUUCGUCGUCGGUGACAGCGACCGAGGGGAGGAGGGUGUCGUCGUCAGCGUCGACACGACGUCGCUCGCCGGCCAAGGAUGGACAAGGCGAGACGGAGCGACAAAGCGAGCAAGGGUCACCGUCAUUGUAAGUGCGUUGGUAGGCGCGCCGCGCGACGCCGACGUCGGCGUCGUCGGCUGCCGUCGUCGAGCGAGUCUUCCCACGUCGAUCGGCCACGUCGGACAAACAACCGGGCGGUGAUUCGCGUGUGAAGUGGACUCGCGGUGCUGUGAAGUCGCCGGCUUGUUGGAUGGAAGACGACGACGACGAAGGCGGCGACGACGACGCGACGAGAGAUGCCUGGUAUCGUGGUGUUCCGACGACGCUGGAGCGUCGGCAGCGACGACCUCGUCGUCCCCGGCGCUUUCCUGUUCAGCCUGCAUCUUAUAUGGGUGACAGUGCUGGGAGUUCUACUGGGGAUCCUCGAAUGGGAUCGUAGCGUCCCCUGCAUUCUUCUCCUAUGGGAGUACAUGAUCGGGUACGAGGGCCUCUUCGUGGCCUGCAUAGCUGUGGAAUUUUCCAUCUGCUUCCUGGCGACGAGGGGCAGCAUCCUGGACACUGCGGCAAGAGCGCCCAUCCAGUACAUCCUCUACAUCCGGUUGUUCUUGGUGCUCGUGGAGACCGGAUGGCUGUGCGCAGGUGUUACUUGGUUAGCGCGUUAUUAUCAAACCUGUCGAGUGGACCAAGCGAAAGACGUUAUGUUGGGUUUGGUGAUAUCGAACUGGUGCCUGCUGGCGUUGAUGAUGGUGACUAUUUGGUGCACGUACGACGCCGCCGGCAGGUCCUGGGUGAAGAUGAAAAAGUAUCAGCGAAGCAUGAGGGAGGCGGAAUCAAGGGGGGCCAGGCUGCAUUACAAGCGCAGCGGCAGCAGAAAUCGAAAUUGGCGACAACGAAAAGUUAUACGCGCCUACCAGGAUAGCUGGGACAAUAGGUGCAGACUGCUGUUCUGUUGCAUGGGCAACUCCGAUCGCAAUCGAAACUCGUUCGCUGACAUCGCCCGGCUGCUGAGCGACUUCUUCCGCGACCUGGACGUGGUGCCCUCGGACGUGGUGGCCGGUCUGGUGCUCCUGAGGAAGUUCCAGAAAGUCGAGCGCGAGCUGAUAGUCAAGCAGCGCAAGAACGAUACGUACGAGUUCCUGUCGGGAGUGCCAGUCACGCCGCGCACCAAGUUCCUGUCUCUGACCGAGGACGGCGAUCUGGGCCACUUUCAGUUGGCCAUCCAUUACAUGCAUUUUGCUCUCGCCGCCUACGGCUGGCCCAUGUUCCUCGUCGGUUCCUCCACCGAGUUCUGCCAGCUGUGCACCAGAUUGCAGUGCUGCUGCUUCCCGUGCGGCGCCCGUCACGAGGUCGAGGCGACGAUCAUCGAGGACAAUUGCUGCCGGUGCAAUUACGCCGCCCUGAGCAGGAUGAUGCUCAACCUGGGGGAGAUCGAGGUCAUCUACGCGACCUUCCACGUCGACGUCGGCGAGACGCCAUUCUUCGUCGCGCUCGAUUAUACCAAGAGAAAGAUUGUAGUCAGUAUACGUGGGACCAUAAGCAUGAAGGACGUGCUGACGGACCUGAACGCCGAAGGCGAGGUGCUGCCUUUGUCUCCACCGAGGGAGGACUGGUUCGGACACAAGGGGAUGGUGCAGGCCGCCGAAUACAUACGAAAGAAGUUACAGGAAGAGGACAUCAUCGCGCGUGCCCGCGCCAAGGACCCUUCCAGGGGCACGCAUCAGUUCGGACUGACCCUGGUGGGACACUCGUUGGGCGCCGGUACAGCGGCGAUCCUCGCGAUCCUGCUGAAGCAGGACUACCCGGACCUGGCGUGCUUCUCGUUCGGGCCACCCGGUGGAUUGCUGAGCAUGCCUGCCCAGCAGUACAGCCAGGAAUUCAUCACGUCCGUCGUGGUGGGCAAGGACGUCGUCCCGAGGAUCGGACUCCGGCAGAUGGAGAGUUUGAGAGCGGAUCUCAUCAACGCUAUAAAAAGGAGCGUCGAUCCAAAAUGGAAGACGAUUGCGUGCUCGGUGAUGUGCUGCGGCUGCGGCUCGACGCCCACGUCGGCGGCAAAUCUCGAGGCCGGCGGUUGCAUCAGCGAAUACCAGCGGGACAAGGAUCGGGCGCGCGCUCAGACCGUCGUGCCCAGCGAUUCCAGCAUCGCCCUGACCCUGCACAGGCCCCUGUACCCGCCGGGAAGGAUCAUACACGUGGUGCGACACCAUCCGAACAAGGGCGAGCAGAAGUAUGAGACGAGUUGGAGGAAAAUGUUGAGGAAACGCGAACCGGUGUACCAGGCGCUGUGGGCCGGUCCGUGCGACUUCGACGAGGUGCUGAUCAGCCCGGUGAUGAUUCAGGACCACAUGCCGGACAACAUGCUGCGCGCCCUGAACAAGGUUGUCACGACCCUGGGCCCGGCCAAGCCGCAGCGAUUAGCAUCAGGACACGCGUCCUCGACGGAGGCGUCGUCGGAGGCGGCGCGCGAGCACCAGACGAUCGACGUCCAGGAGCUGGAAGUGCAGGAGCAGGAGCAGGAGAUGCGGGCCCUGCUGUCGCCGUCCAGCCCGAGCAGGUGUCACGUGCUGGCUGGCACGCCGCCGCAUCGGCUCUGCCUGGAGACGAGCUUCACGUCGCUGCAAAGCCCCACGGAUCUACCUCAGGCUGGCCGCGAACUCAGCGUGGACUCGCGGGGCAUCCCCUGGGAGUACAUCAGCCUCGCCAGCGAGCUGCUCAACACGCCUAGGCCGGAGGAUGGCAAAUCAAGAUCAAGUCGUUGGGACGAUCCGACGCGCACCGCACCCCUGGCCACGCCGGAGACGCUGUCGGAGGCCUCGACGAGCAGCCCACCUUCGCCGGUGGUACCGGUGCCUAGACCGAUGAGACGCACACCCAAGAUUCCGGGAAACUUGUCGACGGCGGCGGACGAUCUCAAGAACAAUCUGCACUACGCGAUGCUCUCGGCCAAGAACUAUUUCCUCAGGACGACGGGGGAGCACGCGGGGGGCAGCAACAAUGGCAGCAGUAGCGGUAAUAGCGAGGCGAGCUACGAGAGCGCCAAGAGCCUCGCCGCCGCUGGUCUUCCGCCGCCGGUCCCGAGACGACGAGAUUCCGUCACCGUUAGAAGAGAACAACGAACGUGCACAGCGGCGUGUUGCAGGGACGACCUGUCGGAGAACUCGUCGACCCGUACAUCGUCGCACUCCUCGAGAGUGUCUCACACUUCGCAUCGCGUUCAGGUGGAGUUCAAUGAGGAGGAGGUCGACACCAAUGGCUCCAGCUUAGACUUUUACGAAGCGAAGGGUUCCUCCGGUCAGCGCGAUAGUAGCAACGACGUCUUUCUCAGCGUACGCAGUUCACCAGAGUGCAAAGGGCUCAUGGCACCGGCUACGGAUUUAGGCGCCGAAUGGAAGAAGGGAAUCGACGCUGUGAGCGGCGACGCCUCGUUACCACUUCUCCGGGGUUUAUCGCCCACGCCGACCCCUGGUCAGCACAGUUCACCCUUCUUCAACGCCAAGCGGAAGAAGUACGUGUAUCCCAUCACGCUGGUGGGACGUGGAGAAAGCAGCGUCUAGUCGUAGGCUCUAGAUAAGAAGAACAUCGUCCUUUUUAAUCAACAAAGAAUUGCGGUGCCAAUCGGAGUCGAACAAGUGAAAUAGAAGAGCCGCUAUCGUCGUGGUCUGAUUUUCCUAAAUCUGGGAGAAACAAUAAUUGCAAAAGUACUUUAGCUCGUCGAAUUGAAAUUAAAUCCACUCGAGGACCACAGACCAUCUUUAGUAGUAAUAGUAGUAGUGGUGAAGAAUCGACAUUCGGAUACAUGUGCCAAAUCUCUCUGUUCUUUUUCUCCUACUUCUUUUUUAAUCUAUCAACUUCUCAAAUAGCGAUCUACUCAAACGGCAGUUCAAAAGACGUAUGAAAAAUUGGAACGCCGUUAAAAUAUCUCUUACAGAGUGUGUUGUCUAGGUCAUCUUUGUUUCAAUAAGUUCAGGUAGUCCUCAAUCACUUUUCUGUCUUGAUACAUGUAUUUCACACAAUCAAAUAUUACUAUUCCAUAUUUCAUUCGUACUUUAAUAGCCGAAUAUAUAAAUAUAUUCGUAUGUUCUUCACAUAAAAUCAGUUUAGCAGUUGUUUUAAUCAUUGAAACAAAGUAUAUAAAAUAUAUAAAAAAUACUGAAAUAUUGAAAAUAAAUAUUGAAAGAUAUGAAAAGAUUUAAAAGCGAUUUAAAUCUUUUUAAAAAAGAUUUAAAUGCGAUUAAAAAAUUGGAUAAUUAUACAGAAUGUAGGACAUCCAUCUUUCAAGAGUCUCAGUUUCAUACGGAAUAGAAUCUGCUUUGAUUCCAAGCCCAACAAACACCAAGUAACAGUUAUACGGGGUAGACUAAACGUCUGAAUACAGUCGAAUAUCUCGUAUAGAAUGCAUUUUGGAACAAAAUGCUUCAGACAAAAGUUGUAAGGAUUAAAAAGAUGUAUUUAAUUGUAAUAUCCAUUUGACAUUGAGUGGCGUCGCCAAGGUCAGGGCAAGGUCAACUUGAAUUUUUUUAAUGGAACCCCCUAUUUUUCAUUGCAUUUUC